AUGGCAGAUGACAUACAUUCUUUAUUAGAUGUUCGAUCCAGAAAACCUAUAGACACGGCCGGGGUAACCUGGUGGAAUCAGUACGAAGGUAAUAAUCGAAUAGCAGUCCCUCGGAUUAUAAUAACGAAUGCGGAUGUCGAGGAGACAUCAAAUUUGAAUACAGACGGUACAGAACGAAGGAAUUUGGACUUUGUUUUUGAUGAGUUGAGGGUUGAAGGUUUGGAGGAUGAAGGGUUUGGCGUUGGUCACGCGAGCAGCCUUCAGAUGGGGCUAGGUGGUGUGCUGGCACAGUGCAGGCCGUUGGCUCGAGACGCUAGGGCGGGCGAGGCGGAAAUACGCGGGCAAAUAGACAUGCCGUUGCCAACGCGGGAAGGUUUGACAACUCCUCGGAGCGCUCGUGCUCCUAUCGGUCGAAGGCCACCGAGUUCGCUUCCACAUCAACGCAAAAAGGAGAAGUCCGAGAGCCCACCGGAAAUGGAUUCUCCUGUCGGAAGUGUAAGCAGUGAUUUGAGGCGGCAAAAUGAAGAACUUCGCGCUCGUCUUGCUGGGGAAAGUGCUGAUCAUAAGCGGAGACUUGAUGCAUAUCGUCGGGCACAGCAAGGCCAAGCUGCACUGGUUUCACGCUUACAAGCAAAAGUAUUACAAUACAAGCAAAGAUGUUCGGAACUGGAGAAUCAAAUGCUGGAAACUACUCCCCGUAGUGACACAACUUACCGGCCUACAUCUACUGCUGGAAAAGCUAUAGCUCUACCAUCUGUAACCACACCAUCUUCUGAUACGCGAAGGGAUGAACGAAUCAACGACCUGGAAACCGCCUUAAGGAGACUAGACGAAGAGAAGCGCAAAUGUGAGAAGCUUGUAUCCCAAAAUAACUUGCUCCGAGACCAGUUGGAGGAGUCACACCAGCUAAAUGAGGCUUUAACUAAUGAUCUGCAAAAACUUACAAAUGAUUGGGAAGCUCUUCGUGAUGAAAUGGCCAUCAAGGAAGACGAAUGGAAGGAUGAAGAGCAGGCAUUCAAUGACUAUUAUUCUAACGAGCACAAUCGUCUUUUGAAUCUAUGGCGUGAAGUUGUAUCUGUCAAGAGAUUUUUCUCGGAACUCCAGACCAGUACUGAACGAGAUCUAUACAAAGUAAAAAACGAUAUUGACUCUGCUGCUAGAGAUCUUGUUGGUACACUGAGCGGAUACGCUAUAACUGCAUAUGCUAAUCAUGACGUCAGUAAGCCAGAAUUUCAAUCAUCUCAUGGUCCUACUGGUCAAAUGCCAACUUCAGCGCUAGAAAAUCUUCGGUCAGAUUUGCAUACUGCUACAACGCAAAGGGACAGUGCUCUCGCAGAACUCAAAGAAAGAGAUGCACGCAUACAGCGGUUGCUUCAAGAACUACAGGGUUUGGAAGAACGUUGCGAAUGCGCGGAGACAUUGUGUUCGGAGGCAGGCAUCAUGCGUUCCGCUCUAGAAGAGGUAGCCCGCGCUCUCAUUCAAGAUUCUGAAACAGACGCUCCACCUUCACACCUGCAUUUGAGCGAUAGAUCGCCAAAACGCGGGGUGUCCCAGUCUACGAAUCCUACGGCCUUUGCUGAAAGCACCAUUUCUGCAUUGCAAGCCGCCUUACACAAGUAUCAGAUACAGAUUCACGACUUACAGGUGAAACUUCAAAACACGAGAGAGCAGUUGGUGACUUGUCGUAAACAUUCAGAAACGGCUGAUGCCCAUGUAGCUUCUUUGGAGAAUAAAGUUCAAGAUUUACAAGGAAAGUUGGACCAAACGAAUGUGGACUUAAACCAAGUGGUGCAAGAGCGUGAGUCGCUACAGAAGACAGUCGAGGCCUUGAGGAUCGAUAAAAAUAAUCUGGAGAGGAAUAGAGUGGAAAUUAAUGCCAUGGUGGAAUCUCUUACAUCAGACUAUGAAAAGCUACAGAAAGUUAACGGAAGAUUAGAGAAAACAAUCGAAACACUAGAGAAUGAGAAGAGAUCGCUCAACAGUGAAGUUGAUCACUUACAUAGAGAACUGACAAGCAGGGACUCAGUAUUACGAACGGAAGAAGAGCGCUCCUCCCGCCUACGUUCUGAGUUGGUAACCAUAAGGGAAGAACUCAACAAAACUGCGCUUGCCAGGGAUCUACUUGACCAACAAAAAUUAGAAGCAGAUGCUAUUUUAUCGCAGAUGGAGAAGAAUAGAAGUGAAUUGGAAAUAGAACUAGAAAGAACGCUGUUGGAGCGCGGAGAUUUGCAAGAUUUGAUAGAGAAGCUUCAAUCGCUCGUGAGGAAUCUCGAGAGUGAUAAGAAAAAACUUAUGGAGGAUGUAAAACAUUUGGAAGAUGAGAAAUCAUCUCUGUCGAACCAAUCGUCCGAUCUUCAAGGUGACUUGAACUCUUUGCGGAAAGAGUUGCUAGCAGCUGAACAGCAUCGUAUGGAAUUGGAGGCGGAUAAGGCAACGUUGCAUGAGAAGAUUAAAUUCUUAGACGGAGAGAGGGAGAAAGUGGAGAUGGAGUUAAGACAAGUUGUCAGGGAGCGAGGUGAACUAAGUUCACAGUUAACAGCGAUGGCGCGAAAGAAAGAUACCCUGAACGAAGAAAUAAUCCGUUUACAACAGAGAUUGGAACAGGCGAAUGAAACUAUCGGUCGUUUGAACAGAUCUAUUGACGAUCACGUUAAGGACGGAGAGGAGAAACAGAUACUAAUAGACAGUCUGGACAAAGACAAGCAGCAUUUACAAGAGCAGUUGGCGAGUGUUCGUUCAGAGAAAGACGCCCUGGAAGCAGUGCUUUUCGACACGGCCAAUAUGUUGGAAGAUGCCGAGAACAGACGGAGUAAACUCGAACAUGACUUGCAGGAAACGCUUGUACAGCAGGAAAACUUUAAAGGUCAAAUAUCACGUUUAACGAAAGACCUUGAGUCGAGCGAGAAGAAGCUUCGCGAAACAAGAAACAGUAUGCAACAGCAGAGUGGCAAGAAAGAAGCGGAGUAUCAACAAGUCAUUACCAACCUUAACCGGACUACAACUGAGAAUAUCACUAAACUUAAAGAAGAAAAGGAACAAUUACGACAAGUCCUUGAGCAAAAACUUAGCCAAACCAUAGCGGGCCUAACGAGCGAGAAAGAAGUACUGGAGGCCAAUGCGCGAGAAAGAGAGAAAAAACUACUUGCGAUGCGAGAUCAGCUGAUAAUGCAGCACGACGAAGCUAUGCUCAGAGCGGAAAAUGAUAAACAGCAGGCUUUACUUAUGGCACACCAAGAGCACCAGGCUUUACUUGAACGUUUAGAAGAGGCGAAACGUAUAUUGGACUGCGAGCAAAAUAAGCUUGAACGCGUGAAGAGGGAUGCCCAGGCAAGAUCUGACCAGGACAGGACAUAUAUCAACCAGCUAAAGGAUGAUCUGUCAGCUCUAAAGACCAGACUUGAGGAAGCCAAAGCUGCAGCCGAAGAUGAUUGCGCAAGAUUCGAAAAUCGAAUCAAAGAAUUGCAUUUGGAAAAAGAAGCUCUCAAUCGUGAGUGCCAGGAGACGCGGGCGCAGCUAUCCUUGGCUGAGGACAAAUAUGACGCGGCGUACGUGCAGUUGCAAGACACGAUUCGCAAGUUGAAGGAAUUGGAGAACGAGUCGGAAAGUCUUCGUAAAGAGUUGGCAGACACGCGUCGUCAACUCAGCAACUGCACGGCCGAGAGGGACAAGUAUAACAGUGCUUGUAAGGAACUGCGAGAACACGUCAAGAGAUCUGAACAUGAACGGAGGGAGGCAGCUAGGGAUAGAGAUGAAGCAUACCAUAAGAUUGCAGGAUUAGAAGAAACCCGUACAUCCCUCGAAUUAGAAUUGUCCCGUGUACAAACAUUGUUGAAGGAGUCUGAGACGAGUGGUCAACAUGUGGACAGAUCUCUUCGUACAACUGAAUCUCAGUUGAAACGAGAAAGAGCUGCUUUAGAACAAGCUCAACACGAUAUUAAGGAAUUGCAGUCUAGAUUACAGAAUGAGAUCGAAGAGCGAGAACGCGUCGCGAACGAAGCGUGCACUGCAAAGCGUCACGGGGCAGAAUUAGACGCCAUGCUAGGAGCCGCACGCGCAGAUAUCGCUGCCCUUAGACAACGAGCGGCUGAAUUGGAAGAAGCUUGCCGCGCCAGGGAUCAGGAAUUAGUGCUUCGUUUAGAAGAUUGUCGAUCAAAGGAGCGUCGUUUGGAGGAAUUGAAACAUAACCUGGAAGUUUGUUUAGCUGACGCAACUCAGCAGAUUCAGGAGUUAAAGACGCGACUAGGCGGUUGUGAGGGUCGUUGUCGUGCUGUGGAAGCAGCGUUAACUCAGAGCGAGGCAGGUCGCCGCGACGCCGAGGCGCGUCUGUCUUCGGUUGCGCAUUCGCUGCGACGCGUUUGCGGAAUACAGCCCGAUGGAUCUGUGCAACAGGCGGCUAGGCGUCGUCUCGCUAGCCCAGCUAGGAGAUACAGCCCACAUCGAGGUCGCGACCAUUCUGAAGACCGCAAUGAGAUAAUAGAUGUUGAUCCAGAGAUGAUCAAGAAAGGAGUCCGGAACCUUAUGCACGAAGUGUGUCAAAUUGAACGGGAGAAGGAUGACUACAAAAUGCAAGUAAGCGUUUUCAAGAAACAGCUGAAGGAGGCGACGGAACAGCAAGGUAAAGGUGAGGGCAAACUACAGUCAGUUAGUAGUAACCUUCGCGGAGUACAAGAAGAGCGCUCGAAACUUCAAGCUGCCUUAGGACAGAGAGAUGCACAGCUUAAUGCCUUGAACGAGUCCGUGCAAACAAAAACGGUGGAAGUCAGCAAUCUACGGGAUAAGAUAACCAGUUUGGAAGCGACUCUUAGUUCCAUCACAGAAGAGAAGGUUCAGAACGAGAAUAAAUCUGACAAUCUUCGAGGUCAGCUAGCGGAUCGCAUACAAGAAGUGGCACAGUUGAGAGAAGCUUUGGCUGCCGCUGAGGGCCGAGCCUCACGCUUGGAUGUACGUCGUGCUCAAUUGGAGGGUGAUGUUCAACGCAGCGCGGUUGCUGCUAGAGACAGGGACCAAGCUCUUAAGAAACUACAAGACCGUUGUGAUGGCUACAUCCGCACGAUAGCAUCUUUGGAGGAUAGGUGCACGUCACUCAAGGGAACUGUGGAGCAACUAUCCACUUCACUGCAAAAGGCUGCGGCAGCUGAAACCGAACUGAGGGCGGAGUUAAGCAAGACUCAGCGUAUGCUAAAUGAAGCUAAGAACAACGAGAACAACGCUAUGGACAAGCUGAGACAGAUGCAGAAAAAUAUUGCAAAUUGCGAAAACGAACGCAGAGUCCUUUCAGAGAAACUAGAAAGCGCUAAAGCGGUCGCCAGCGAGUUCAAGCGGCUGAAUUGUCAACUUGAAGACCAAGUGCAUCGCCUUACAAAUCAGCUGGCCAAUCUUGAAGCUCAGAGAGCGGAUUUAGAGUCUCAACUGCGCAUGACCACAUGGGACGGAAAGGAGAGCGAUAGUAGUGAGCUAGAAAGAGAGCUUCAUGCAUUACAAAGAGAGAGGUCCGAGCUUAAAGCGAAGACUGACGCAUUACAAGACACAGUGAGGAAGUUAGAGGCUGAGAGGAGAAUGACUAGACCCUCAGUGUUGAGGAGUAAGAGUCACGACCGGACUGAUAAGAACGUGUAUUACUCAGAUUUAGACUCUGGUGCAGAUUCGUCCAAAGAGUCUCAGAUAUAUAAAUACAAAGACAUUCCUUGCAAAGAUAAAGGGCCGUCUUAUGGCACUGAACUCAGUCUACUAGAAUUGGAGAAUCGAGAACUGAGAAUGAAGAUACGGCGCUUGGAGAAGGAAUUAGCUGACAAGGAGUCAGAACUAUCUAUGGCCCGCAAUCGUUACAUGUCCGAGCUGUCGACUACUGGUACAAGACAAGACAUGGACCAGUACAAGCAAGCCGCCCUUCAGGCAGAGAGGUUGCUGGAGGCACGAGAGGCAAGCCAUAGACAACAGAUCAUCCGCUUGGAGACUCAAAUAAGCCAGCUUCGAUCACAGAUGUCAGCGGAAAUUCGUCGCCGUCAGUCUUAUGUGGCUCGCAGUGGGCGUGCCGCGAGGGAUAUGCAGCGCUUGCGCACCGCACUUGGGGAUUCUCUGCGUACUGUCUCACAAGACCCCGCCUUGGAUUCCUACACGCUGGAGCACGAGGCUCGAAAACUCGACACAACGUUAGCUCACAGUCUACCACCUCUCAAUGAUAGCUAUGAUUCUACCAAGUAA